AUGACAACCUUUCGCCGAUUUCGCCCUGAGGAUGUCAAUAAGUUCUCGAAAUGCAACUUAGACCCUUUGACAGAAUCAUACGAACUUGGGUUUUACCUCCAGUAUCAUUCGAAGUGGCCUUCCCUCUUUCAAGUUUGUGAAGACAUACAUGGAAACAUUGUCGGCUACAUUAUGGGGAAAGUCGAGUCAUCACCAGACGCCUAUAAAUACUCUGAGCACUAUCUGCCAUGGCACGCACACAUUACUGCUCUUACGGUUGCCCCUGAGGCGCGCAGGCUCGGUAUCGGUAAAAUUCUGACAGAACAACUAGAGGCAGCUGCCGAUGCCAACGACGCUUGGUUCAUGGACCUUUUUGUUCGGAAAAGCAACGAGAGAGCCAUCACAUUCUACAAGAGCAUGGGAUACAGCGUUUUCCGAGUGGUGAAGGAUUAUUAUGGGGACCACGCUGCGGACGCUACCAAAUCCAGCGAAGACGCGUUUGAUAUGCGCAAAUCAAUGAAGAGAGAUAUGAAGCAUGAGAAUGUUCGAGAUGACGGAGAGGAUCACGAGGUUGACCCCGAAGAUGUGUGGUGA